AUGACUUUAGAACAAGCAAGGGAACCAGAACACAGAAUCGUGGAACCUGGACGUAGGCCUAGCAUUAUGGCCCGAAGAACUCAACGGACCAACCCACUCGAGGAUGUGAGCAAUCACCAUUUCUUACAAUUUCCGCAAACGCUGAGCGAUGCAACCCGGGCACAUUAUGUCAACAGUUUGAGUUUGCUGCUCACCAAGGAGAUGGACAUAGUACCCUCAUUUGACUGGGACUUGGCGACCCGGACUGGACUUGCUGCACUGAUCCAGGAUUUUUUGCAAUACACGCACUCGGACGCGAGUGGAGUGGAUUUGUUCAUGUGUCAGGGAUGGGCACGAUUGUUCAGGAUCCAGGAGCCUAUUUAUUGGGAAUUUUUGUUGGAGUUCUACGCUACAGUUUCCUAUGAUCCUAGGAAGGCACCCGAUGAUAGGACAACUUUUGCCUUCAGACUGAGGGGAGUGAGCCGGGAGUGCAGUGUCGUAGAGCUUGCGACUCGAGUGGGUAUAUACACAGCAAAUAAGAAGAGGAGUGUCCAUUGCCCGGCAUGCCUUGCUGAUUGUCUUACGGAGCGGCCAGAUGAAUAUAACGAGAACACUUUUUGGGCCGAGAUUACAGAGGGAGUUUAUACGCCAUCUACUGCACGAGGGAGGAUGAUUCGGUCUACUACUUACAGAUUGCUGCACCGUUUGAUUUCUAUGACUCUCACGCAUCACAAGAACAAAGCAGCAAUUCCAGUUUUCAGUCUUUUAGCGAUAUUUGGAGCAACUUGUAGCAGCCCCAUUUGA